UCUUCGUGCCAACAACAAUAUGGGAACCACAAUGCACAUGAAAUAACAGAUAGAAAAUGAUCAUCAUUCAUUCGUUCAAUGACAAUCAACCAUUAAUUAAUCUAUCCGUUGUCAACUGUCCAAAAGAGACAUUAUAUGAAAUAGAUCGUACCGUCAUACAUCAUCCAUCCACCAUUCUCCGUACAUCUACAUCGUUGCCAAUGAUGGAUCCUCGUUUCUCUCUUCAUAUGGAUACCAUACUUGAAAACGUCCAAAUUCAUCCUGCUUCUCCUGCUUCUCCUGCUCCUGCUCCUAUCUACUCCCUGUCCUCUUGUCUCUUUACAUCUUCCUCCCUAGACCUAGGUAUACUUUCCAACUACUGCGUCUAUACAUGCUCGGGAACUUGGGGGGUACACCCACAGCGCUAAGAGCCAAGUAAAUAAAUAACUUGGCUGAGCCCGUCCUCAUUGCUUUGCCCCCAUUCAAGCUACCGCUCCACGAAAGUUGAAUCCAAGAUUAUGUAGAAACCCUGCUUGAACCCCUGAAAAGACCCUUCAGACCGGGUUUUAGACUUUUGAUGGGGACGCGGUACAAUUUCCAUGUCUUUUCGAACUUUAUUGUCCAUGGCAUUGGUCCAAGUGUUGGCUACAAAUUCACUUCUUUACGAGCUGCUUGCAAUUAUCUAAUAUGUUCCCCCUUCUCCUCCUCGUUGUCUACUCACUUCUUCCUCUCUAACUUCGCGCAAACUUGGAUCCUCACUUGCAUUUUUGGAUCUUCUAACGGAAAUGGCUUCUAUAAUGGAGAACGCUUCGAUUGAGUCUGCAGCUGCAGUUGUCGUCAAUCAUCCCUAUUACCCUCUUGAGAUGGAAAUAGCUAGUUAUCUGGCAAAUGAAUGGACCGUACCGACUCUCCUAAGCAUUUUCUUUAGUGCUUGUGCAGUAUUGUUCUUGUGCACUCGCACUUUUGUUGCCAGAUCAUAUCCUCAUCUGCCAAGCACUGAGAGAGCUGCGAUAUGGUGGUUGGUUUUAUCUGGCGCAAUCCAUCUCUUUUUCGAAGGAUACUUUUCGCUCCAUCAUACCCAAAUCAUCAAAGACCAACAAUUGUUGGGACAACUAUGGAAGGAGUACGCCCUUAGCGAUAGUCGAUAUUUGACAUCGGAUCCUUUUGUCCUCUGUAUGGAAACAGUAACAGCGUUUUUAUGGGGACCUAUGUGCUUUACCGUUGCGGCCUUUAUCGCAACUGGCCAUCCACUUCGACACCCCCUACAAAUCAUUGUGACUGUAGGACAAAUCUAUGGACUCGUUCUAUACUAUGCGACUCAUACUUUUGAUUAUUAUCACAAGGAAGUCAAUUAUUCUAGACCAGAAUUUCUAUACUUUUGGUUUUACUAUUUCUUCAUGAAUUUUCUCUGGAUGAUCUUUCCAGGCAUGCUCCUCGUCGAUUCGGUACGUACUAUCGCGCGAACCUUUACAGAGCUCGACCGGGUCAAGAGCACUCGAAAAGUCAAUGGUUUUGCAAAGAAAGGCCAAUAAAUGCUGGGAGAUUAUGGCCGGAGACGGGUCAAGGAGACAGAAUACCGAUACGAUACCCCAUUUGUGAUUAAAAGCGUGUCACCAUCUGCUUUUGGAGAAACAUAGAUUUCCGAAACUACCCAUAGAUAGACAGAUGUAUGUAAGGCCGCAAAGGAAUCAACUUAAUGCAAGUUGAAGAAGAGUGCAUUGGCGAAAGGAGUCUAGGAAUCUGGCUGCAAAUUUAGAUUUUUCCGAAUGAUAUAAGUGACCUACAAUCAUUCAUAUUGUUUCUCGUUAC